AUGCGUAUGACCCCACCAUUAGAUAUGUCUACAUAUGCUUUACAAACACUUAUUUAUCUCAUGCUUGCACAAGCACAAGAAUGUGUCUGGCAAAAAGCCGCCAUGGAUCAACUCAGAGAUGGCACGAUUGCACGAUUGGCACUUCAAAUUGCCGAUUUUUACGACCUAGCCUAUAUGCAAUCAGCAAACGCUGCUAUUCAAACCGUCUUUCCCUCUACAUGGAUUAUACACAUGCAAAUCAAACAAUUACAUUUUACAGCUGCAGCUCAGUUCCGAAAGUCUUGCGAAUGCAUCUCGCAGGAUCGAUAUGGUGAAGAAAUUGCGAGACUUCAGUUAGCUGCAGGCUUUGUUCGACAGGCCUUUGAUCUUACAAGACAAGAAAAAUCAAAAGGUGAUGCAAUGGUAGCAGUUCUAAAUGACUUGCGAUCUUUACAGCAGAUUAUUGCAAGUAAUUUAGCCAGGGCAGAAAAGGAUAAUGAUGUUAUUUAUUUAGAGACGAUACCGGCACCAACUACAUUACCAACGAUAUUAAAAACGCAGAUGGUAAAAGCAACGGCGCCACGAGAGAUUAUAGACCCGGUGUCUUUAAUGAAUGAAGGAUCUACGAUGAUUGGUCUAGCCUUAUUUCAAAAGUUAGUACCAUUUGCAGUACAUCAAGCUGCAAGUGUUUAUGUAGAUCGUAAGGAACGUUUGAUUAAAGAGGAUAUUAUAGGAAAGUUAGAGGAGUUAAAAGCAGUUUAUGAUAGCUCGAUAGAGUCAUUAGGUAUAAACCAGAUAUUAGCGAUGAAUGGAUUACCAGUGGCAAUUCUGAAGGGAGCGGAGGAAGUGAGGAUUGAUGGCGGUUCGCAGUCCCUAUAUGAUAUGUGGGAAGAGGUACAAAAGGCAUCUACGAAAAAUGCAGAAAUACUUGAGGAAGUAUUCAAUGCACUAGAUGAAGAACAUGAAUUAGAUGAAUCUCUAAGAUCAAAGUAUAGCAAUGUAUGGAAGCGACCAGAAUCACAUCAGUUAACACAACAGCUUGUGGCGCAAGGUAAAAGACAUCAACAGACGCUUUUGGCAGCACAAAAAGCAGAUCUUAUUGUUAGAGGCAAACUUGAUACAUGGGCUACUAUAAUUGAUGUUUUAGCUCUUCCUAAAGAGGAACUCGAAAACUCAAUCCCUUUCGAUGAUGAUAGUCCCUUGGCUUUAAUAAAGUCGCUAGUAGAUAAUAUGAAUAAUCAUAUUAAGGCACGUGAGCAUUUAAUACAAACGGUAAAGAAAGUAUCUAAUGGUGACGAUAUUUCACCUACGCUCUUGAGAAAAGCCGCUCAACUUACUUCCAACUCAUCACUUGUCAAAAUUGAAGCAGCUCAGUUUGAAGAUCUUUUUGCAGAGGAACUCAAAAAAUAUGAUGAGUUUAUUAAGAAAGUAGAUGAAGAAGAAGAACGACAAAGUAAGAUAUUGAGACAACUAAAUGAAGUUUGUAAUCAACCGCAUGUGAGUGGGAAGCGAGAAAAGGCAUUACAGAAUUUGAAUCAAGCAUAUUUGAAAUAUAAAGAAAUCAAGACAAAUUUAUCAGAAGGAUUGAAGGUAGUGUAUAGAGAAAAAAAAAGACUUUAG